UGUGAAUCGUGUGCCUUCGAAAAGAAAAAUCCACAUAUAUCCACUCUCCAUAAAAACCCAGAGGCCAAGAGUUCAUUCUCUUAGAAGUUUCAUGUAAUGAGGAAAAAGGUAAAUUUUAGAGAGGAGAACGUCAGGAAGUGAAACAGACCCUAUUAAACUUGAACAUAGGAACUCAUGUUAUCAUAUAAUAAGCAGAGAGAGAGAGAGAGAGAGAGAGAGGAGAUUUCGGAGCUGAUUCGGAGACUCAGCAUUCAGCAAUAACAAAAGCUGCAAAACGGAGAAGCAGAUAGAGAACAGCCCAAUAGCCUUCUCCAGAUUCUCUCCGUUUAGGUAUUCCCAUUCCUUCGCAGGUCCCAGCUCUUAAUUUGUGAUUUGUUCUUCAUUUCGUGCAUUAAAUGCGGCUAUCUUCGAAACCCAUCUCGAGUCCAGGCCGAGCAGACAAGUUUCCGCCUCCAUUACUGAGGUUCCUGAGAAGCAAUAUGGGGAGUCGAAGCAGAGGAAGGUCACGUUCGAGCCCUAUGUUCAUCAGAAAGAAGAAUGCUUCUGCUACAGCAGUGGAAACCCAGGAGCCCUCUUCUCCCAAGGUCACCUGUAUGGGGCAAGUUCGCGUACGAAGAACAAAGCAAGCUGGGGCAAAGCACCGUCGAAGCAGCACUACCCCCGCCAAAGGCCGGUUACGAUGGAUUCGUAAGGCUCUCUUCUGCAACUAUUCCGUUAGGAAACCUAAACCCAGAGCGUCUCGUCCGAUUUGGCGGAGAUGGUUUCAGUUUCCCCAAAUGGGCUAUCGGAGAAAAGUCGAUUUGGCCAAAGAUUCUGCGCUGGGAGAAUCCAAACGAGAGGAAACAGAUGACUAUUCUGCCAGACGUUACGAAGAUGAAAAAGGAGAAGACGAGGAAGCUAAGGUUUUUGUGUCUUCUUCCCCACCGAAGAACGCUUUGCUACUCAUGAGAAGCAGGUCAGAGCCAUAUCGAGCUUCCUCUCUUGCUAAUCGCUUCUGGGGUUCACCCUCUCCAACUGAAGAUGCGGCGAAUACCAAGAAAGAGCAGGAAAGCGUAGACCACAUCGAAACCCAACAAGAAGAAGCAGAAGAGGAGAGACCCACAUUGGCAAAAGAAGCCAAAUGCAGAGAUUCGGCUGCAGAAUCGAGAAGUGGUACGGAAAAUGAGGAAAAGUUUGGAUUUUCUGAUGGAUUUGAAAGCUCAAGCAGUGAGAGAAGCAUCAAAACAACGGGAACCGACGAUGAGUCAUCGAAGCUUAUAGGAGGAAACCCUGUUCGGCCACUGGUACUAACCAGAUGUAAAUCAGAGCCGGCGAGAAGAACGGGGAAGCUGGAUCGAAUCAGAGUCGUCCUCCUCGAAAAAAAUAAGGUUGCGUUUCGGUGAGGGACGUCCACCACAUGUUUUUUGGUACACUUUUUAUGCUUUCUUCUGAGUCCCUCUUUGGUUUUUCGUAAACUGAAAUCUGAAAUUAAUAUGUUU